AUGAUGUACGCUCGCAAGCUCCACUGGCUUUUCGCCAUAGCGAUAUUGGGCAUCGUCCUCCUCGGUACCCAAACAAAGCACACACACGCUGCGCGCAUACUCGCCUUCUUUCCGACGCCAUCCAAGUCGCAUACCAUAAUACAGGCCGCUGUCGCCGAUACACUCGCGCGCGCCGGACACAAUGUCACCGUCAUUGGUGUUUCGAAGAAUGUUUACCCGAAAGCGGCCUACGAAUUCAUACACAUCGAGUUGGAUGGUGGGGCAUCUUUCGAUCGAACGGAACUACAGCAAAUGGUUAAUAAGCCGAAACCCUUCUAUGUGACCAUUUUCAAUAUAGUAAAUUCGUUUAUCAGCAUCGGAAAUCAAACAUUGAGUCACCCGAAAAUGCGUGAAUUCCUGCGCAACCACGGCGCGGGAGAAUUCGAUUUGGUGCUGUUGAGCUAUGCAGUCAACGACUACACUAUGGGGUUGGGCGCGCAUUUUCGCUGCCCGAUCGUGUCGUCCUUUCAGGUGCAACCGAUCUUCGCAAGUGAUCGUUUAGUGGGCAACCCGACGGAGCCGUCUUAUGCACCGGUAUUGCUGAGUAAUCUGAGGCAACCACUAACAUUCUGGGGACGUGUGGUGAACUACUUGGUCAACAUGCUGGAGCAAUGGAUCAUACAGCCGAUUUUCGAAAGAGAGUGGCAGGAAGUGUACAAGUAA